AUAUUUUUACGUUUAUUAUUUUUGUAGUAACUUUUUAAAAAGCAUAAGGUAUCAAUAGCAUUAUCUAUAAAGCUACUCUUAAGUUUGGUUACAAACAAUCAACAUGCACUAAAAGCUCAUUGACUUUUAACAGUCUUCAAAUUAGAAUAAAUGCAAUAUAUGGAAGGUGAAGAAUCAAAUAUAUAUUCACAUCACAGUUUAUCAGGUUUAGAAAGACUUCGAGCUGAAAAAUCUCUAGUAUGUUUGCUUCGCGGUUGUCAGGGUUUUACAACUAUGGUAGAACUACGAAAUGAAAAUACUGUAUUUGGAAAGUUACUAAAUUGUGAUGGUUUUAUGAAUCUGACAAUGUCAAAUGUUAUUUAUACAAAAAUAAGUGGCGAAUCACAUGAGUUUUCUGAACUGCAUAUUCUUGGUAAAAACAUAAGGUAUGUUCAUAUUCCUGAUGAGUUAGAUAUAAGAAAAACAAUUGAAAAAGAGCUCAAAAAAAUAAGACGAUCCAGAGAAAGUGGGUCACAAUUUGGUAAUAGAAGAAGAGGUACCAAUUUAAGUGGAGCUAAUAAAAUAGAACAGUUGCCGGCAGUGAAGUAACUAAUUGUAUUGUUUUUAAAGAUGUAAAUAUAUUUUUAUUUAUGA